CGCCGUGCGCCGGGCCGCCGCCACCGGCCGCGUGCCGCUCUCCGUCUGGAGGCCGGACGCCAAGCACGCCGCCGGCUGCAGCGACGAGUCGGUGUGCUGCGGGCCGAUGCCGCUGACGCUGCAGCGGCUGAGCGGCGCGGUGUCGGGCAUCGUGGCGGGGCUGGAGUGCCCGGUGUGCCUGGAGACGGUGUCGCCGCCCGCGUCGCAGUGCGUGCACGGACACCUGCUGUGCCCGCGCUGCCGGCCCGCCGCCGCCGACCGCUGCCCCGUCUGCCGCGUGCACAUGGCGCGCGGCCGCAGCCUCCUCGCCGACCACGUCUACCGCACGCUCGCCGACGCCUUCCAGGUGGGGCCCGACCCCGCGCCCGGCGCCCUCGCCGACACCAUAUUCGGUCGCAGCCGGGAGCCGCGGAAGAAGAAGAAGAAGCCGCAGAGGGAGCGGGAGGCGCCGCCCACGAACCGGCUGCUGGCGCGCCUGCUGGGCAAGUGGAGCUCUGUGGAGUGCCUGACGCCCUCGUCGUCGCCGUCGCCGGCGCAGCCCUGCCCCCUGUCGCACGCUGACCGCCUCAAGUCGCUGUCCAGCAGCGAGCUCCCCACCGCCCCGUCCUCGCUCACGCCAGCCACCUCACAGGAUUCUGUGGCGAGCGAGGAAGACGAGUCGCGGCGCCGACCGCCGCCGCAGCUGUUCCGGUGCCCGUGCGAGCGCAGCUGCCCCGCGCAGCUGGAGGCGGACGCUUUGGGCACACACGUGAGGCGCGACCACGGCCACGUGUUGGCCGCCAUGCCCGACGCUGCCGCCGCGGUGCGCCUGCCGCCCUGGCCCGACGAGAUCGCCACGCUCACUCACGCGGGGCACACUUUCUACCUCAAGGUGGAGGAGGCGGCGGACGCUCUGGAAGUGUGGCUGUGGGUGGCCGGCGGCGAGGCAGAGUGCGCGCGCUACGAGGUGCGCGCAUGCCUUUCGUGCGGACAGCGUCCGCGCGGCCGGAGGCUGUCGCGCACCGUCAGCGGCGCAGAGCUGACGGCGCCCGUCUUCACGGGCCCCGCGCUGCCGCUCGCCGUGGCCGCCCUCGAGGUGCGCGACCUGCUGCACGAGCCGGAGGUGACAGCCACGUGA